AUGAGAAAGAAGGCAUCGUCCGUUACGGACUACAUGCAUGAGCCCAGUAUGGAUGAGUACGACGAGAAACGACCGCUGCGUGAUACAAUGAGCCCUGAAGAAUAUGCUCGGCACGAGCGGAGCCUGCGCUGGAAAAUUGAUAUCCAGAUUGUCCCCUUGUGCACGCUGCUCUACUUCCUGUCCUUCUUGGACCGCACGAACAUCGCACAGGCAAAAAUCACGGGCUUGAUGCCCUCGAAAGACUAUCCGCCACCCGGAAAGCCGGACCACUCGCUGAAUUUGCGGCCUGAAACGAACGAUUACGAGAUCGCAUUGACGGUGCUCUACCCUCCCUACAUUCUUUUGGAAAUCCCUGCAAAUUUAAUGUUAAAGUAUGUCGGUGCUUCGCUAUGGCUUCCCUUUUUAAUUACUGCUUGGGGCAUUGUCUCUACGCUCCAGGGCAUUGUGUCAUCGCGCACGGGCUUGUACAUUAAUCGCGCCUUCCUCGGCGCCGCCGAGGCAGGAAUUUUGCCAGGUAUUGCCGUUUACCUCACAUUUUUUUACAAGCCGCGUGAGCUGCAGCUGCGCCAGGCAAUCUUUUUUACUGGUGCUUCGCUCAGUGGUGCAUUUUCUGGCCUGCUUGCUGCCGCUAUUGGCAAGAUGGAGGAUAUGGCAGGGCUUGGCGGCUGGCAAUGGAUCUUUAUCUUGGAGGGUAUCUUUACCGUUCUUGUCGGUGUUGUUUGCUUUUUUCUUUUGCCGGACAAUGCAGACAAAUGCUUCUGGCUCACGCCGAUUGAGCGCCAAAUCGCCCAGGAACGCCUGCAACAUCCAGACAUGCGGUAUAAGUUGCGGCCAGCGCUCCAAGAAGCUGUGGAAAAAACUGAUGCAGGAAUGCAGGACGAGGUAGCUGCACCUGUACCUGCGCGAUCGACCGCCGUGCGCGAUGCGAUUCGCACGUUCAUUGACCCCGUAGUCUGGACGCUGUGCUUCGCUGGGUUCUGUACAGGCAUCAAUUUGUACUCGAUUGCCUACUUUUCUCCGACCAUUGUUCAACAAAUCAACAAUUACUCGAGUGUGCGUGCCAAGCUCAUGUCGUGUCCACCAUAUGCUGUUUCGUUCGUGUACAGCGUCAUUAUCGCCUUUGUCUCUGACUAUUUCCAGCUUCGAUUUAUCACAGCGCUCCCGGGCAUGCUUCUUACCUUGAUUGGAUUUGUGGUGAUAUAUGCUUGCACCGAGGGCAUGGAGCGGUACGGCGGCCUGAUUAUCUUAUCUGCCGGAGUAUUUUCCUUACCGCCCGUCCUCUUUGCGUGGCUCGCGAACAACUCAUCGGGACACUACAAGCGCGCCACGGGCCUAGGCCUCUUGAUGGUAUUUACAAAUUGCGGCGGUCUCGCAUCCACAUGGCUAUUUGGCAGCACAGAAGGGCCCAAGUACGUGCGUGGCCUUGCUACAAAUGUGGCCCUCGCAGCGCUUGGAACUUUGCUCGUGUUCGUGAUUGAAGCGUUUAUUUGGAUUGAGCGCAAGAAGCGCGACACAGGAAAACGCGACCAUUUGGUUACGGAUCUGAAGCAAAAGUAUCACUGGUCUGGGGACCAAAUUCGCGAGUACCUUGGCGAUGACCACCCCGAAUACUACUUGGAGAUGUAA